CCAAGCCAAGCUCACAAAUGGCCACUCUCGUGUUCGACGCGGCGGUCCGGAGCCGGAAGGACGACAUCCCGCCGCAGUUCGUCUGGCCAGCUGACGAGGCCCCGUCCGUCGACGGCGUGGAGGAGAUCGUCGUCCCUGUCGUUGACCUCGCCGGGUUCCUGGCGGGUGACGGCAGCGCUGACGCUGGCGGCCUCCGUGACCUCGCCGCAGCGUGCGAGAAGCACGGGUUCUUCCAGGUCGUGAACCACGGCGUGGACCCGGCGCUGCUCGCCAAGGCGUACCGGUGCUGCGACGCCUUCUACGCGAUGCCCCUCGCCGAGAAGCAGCGCGCGCAGCGGCGCCUCGGCGAGAACCACGGGUACGCCGGCAGCUUCGUGGGGCGGUUCGGCAGCAAGCUCCCCUGGAAGGAGACCAUGUCCUUCAACUGCUCCGCCGCGCCGGAGGGCGCCCGCAAGGUCGUCGACUACUUCGUCGGCGUCCUCGGCGAGGAGUUCCGUUACAUGGGGGAGGUGUGGCAGGAGUACUGCGACGAGAUGACACGCCUGGCGCUGGACGUCACAGACGUCCUGGCGGCGUGCCUGGGCCUCGGCCGCGGCUCGCUGCGCGGCUUCUUCGCCGGCGACGACUCCCUGAUGCGGCUGAACCGCUACCCGCCGUGCCAGCAGCCUCACCUGACGCUGGGCACGGGCCCGCACCACGACCCGGCGUCGCUGACGCUGCUCCACCAGGACGACGUCGGCGGGCUGGAGGUGUUCACCGGCGGCGCGUGGCGUGCCGUGCGGCCCCGGAGCGACGCCUUCGUGGUCAACAUCGGCGACACCUUCUCCGCGCUCACCAACGGGCGCCACAUCAGCUGCCUCCACCGCGCCGUCGUCAACAGCAGCCUGGCCCGCAGGUCGCUGACCUUCUUCCUCAACCCGCAGCUGGACCGCCCCGUCGCGCCGCCGACCGAGCUGCUCGCUAUUGACGGCCGCCCGCGCGCGUACCCAGGCUUCACUUGGCGUGAAUUCCUCGAGUUCACGCAGAAGCACUACCGCUCUGACUGGAGGACCCUGGAUGCCUUCGCCGCUUGGAUCAAUCAGGGCCGCAAAGGCUAGGAGGGAAACCAGACAGAAAAGGAAUAAGGUGAAAUCUAAUAAAGAUAAAAAGGAGCAGAGACAAUUUUGAUGGAUGUGGAUUUUGAUUGAAUGUAAAAGAACCGGAUGUCUUGUUUAUCUUGCAUAUUGUAUAAUGAUGAGACAUAAUGUGAAUUUAGAGAUUUUAACAUGGGCA